AUGCCUAAAUCCCAAGAUUAUAUCGAUCAACACUAUCCGCUCCAACAAAGAAGUGCUAUAAAAAAGUUAGAUUUACAAAAUAAAUUUUUAGAGGGAAAUUUGGAUUUAACAACUUUUUAUAAUUUAGAAGAAUUAAAUUGUUCUAAUAAUAAUAUUGCUAAAUUAAAAUUACCUUCUUGCAAAAUUCGUUGUUUAGACUGUUCGCAUAAUAAUCUGACUGACUUGAAUUUAAAUGUUAUCAGUACUACUGAACUAACCUAUUUAAGAAUUUCUAACAAUAACUUGUCGCAACGUUAUUUAUCAAUGUUUAGUAAUUUUGUCAACUUGGAAGUAUUAAUAAUUGGUAGUGAUAUUAACACAAAACAUAAUAAUUUUAUUGGUUCUUUGCAACCUCUGCAACACUUGUCUCAUUUGCGAGAGUUAGACAUUUCUAAUACUAAUAUUGAUAGUGGUUUAGACUAUUUGCCUACUAGUUUACAACUCGGCGAAAAGAAAACCCGACAAGUAGGCACCCAAACUAAAAACACAGGAACAGAAAUAAUGGAAGAAGAAAAUCAGCAAGAAGCCCAAGUAGAAGUUCUGUCUAACAAAGGAAAAAAAAUAUUAGCAGAAAUAAAAAAAUGUCAGCAAGGAGUAGACUAUAAUUUUUCUUGGGAAGAAAAUAAACAACGCCGCAGGGAAGAAGACGAAGCCAGGAAAAAAGCUGAUAAAAAAGAAUAUGAGGAACGAAAAAAAAGAGGAGAAGUGCCCGAAAAUGAUAAUCGCUUUGGGGUUAAUAAUCCAAAAGGAAAAGAGAUAAUAUGUUCUUAUUGCAAAAAGACGAUUAGUUCGGGAGAAGAUAAAUUUAUUGGUCGAGCAAACAUGGAUAAAAAUGAAAAGAAGGAAAAUGGUAUUAAAAUCAAAAUUAGUAAGUUAAAAGAGGAAAUUACCAACACCAUUAAUUCGGAAAAGAAAAACCAAUUAGAAAAAGAGAUAAAAAAAUUAGAGAGCCAAUUAGAAAACAAAAAUAAUUACUCAAACCAAAUUUCUUCUAAUGAUAAUAAAGAUAGUAGUGGUUAUCUGCAAAUAGUAGUUAAAAAUCAGGAAUUAAUUGCCGAAUUAAAAGGCAAAAAAAGAGGAGAUUUGUUAAAAAUAUCCGGACAAGUGAAAAAAAAAACUGGUUCUGACAAAGAAAUAGAAUUAGAAUUAAGCCAGUGGCAACUAAUCAACCAGAGCAAGGAAUUACCGUUUGAAAUUAAGGACGAAGUUAAUAUUAAUGAGGAUACUCGCUACCGCUACCGUUAUUUAGAUUUGCGUCGUCCCCAAAGCAAAAAUCUUUUGUUAAUUAAAGACCAAUUUUUGUAUGAAAUAAGGAAUUUUCUUCAUAAACAAAAAUUUGUUGACAUUGAAACACCAAUUUUAGCCCAAAGUUCGCCCGAAGGGGCUAAUUGUUUUUUGGUUCCCUCUAAUCUCAAAAACCGUUACUAUACUUUACCACAGUCAGCCCAGAUAUUUAAGCAGUUAUUAAUGGUGAGUAGUUUUGACAAAUAUUACCAAAUUGCUAAGAGUUUCCGGAAUGAGGACGCCCGCAGUAAUCGCCAAAUUGAGUUUUCUCAAUUAGAGUUAGAAAUGAGUUUUGUUACUUUUCCAGAAAUUAAACGAUUUAUUGAAAAAUUGCUGAAAAAUGUUUUAAAAAAAGUUUUUGGUUAUCAAAUAAAAACUCCUUUUCCUACUUUGACUUGCCACCAAGUAAUGAAAAAGUAUGGCACUGAUAAGCCUGAUUUACGAAAAAACCCAAAAAAUGAGCAAGAAUUGAAAAAGUAUAUUCAACCUUUACUAACUAACAAAAUUAAGCCGGAGCAAGUAAUCUGUGAAGCCUUUGACUUAGUUUGUAAUGGUGAAGAAUUAUUAAGUGGCAGUAUUCGGAUUUAUCAGCGAGAAUUACAGGAAAAAGUAUUGGAAAUACUAGGAUAUAGCCAGGCCAAGCAAGAAAAAAACUUUGGUUAUUUUUUGCAAGCCUUAGAAUUUGCGGCUCCUCCGCACGGUGGAGUUGGUUUGGGGAUUGACCGUUUAUUGGCAGUAAUAUUGAAUACUAAUAGUUUAAAAGAAUUAAUUGCUUUUCCGAAAAAUAUUGAUGGAACUUGCUCUUUGACUGGGGCACCUAACUUAUUGAAUUAG